AAGGGUGGAGAAGGGGGAAGGAGAAGGACGCGCGUUCCCGGGCUCGUGACCGCCGGCGGCCAGGGGAACCGGUGCCCAGCCAGCACUGCAGAGAUGGCAGGCAGCGGGGACCUGCGACUCGCGGGAUCCCACCACCACCUGCUGCUGCUAGUCGCUGCCCUGAUUCUGGCUGCCACGCGGGUCAGCGGAAGCGCUGCAGCCUGGACCGAAGAGAAGAAUUAUCACCAGCCAGCCAUCUUGAAUUCAUCAGCUCUUCGACAAAUCGCAGCAGGCACAAGUAUUUCGGAAAUGUGGCGAAAUGACUUACAGCCGCUGCUGAUCGAGCGGUAUCCGGGCUCCUCGGGAAGCUACGCCGCCCGGCAGCACAUCAUGCAGCGGAUUCAGAAACUUCAGGCUGACUGGGUGGUGGAAGUGGACACCUUUUUGAGUAGGACACCCUACGGGUUCCGGUCUUUCUCCAAUAUCAUCAGCACCCUCAAUCCCACUGCUAAGCGGCACUUGGUCCUUGCCUGCCACUAUGACUCCAAGUAUUUUCCUCACUGGGACAACAGAGUAUUCGUGGGAGCCACUGAUUCGGCCGUACCAUGUGCAAUGAUGUUGGAACUUGCUCGUGCCUUAGACAAGCAGCUCCUUUCCUUGAAGAAUCUUUCAGACUCCAGGCCAGCUGUCUCCCUUCAGCUUAUUUUCUUUGAUGGAGAAGAGGCUUUCCUGCACUGGUCUCCUCAAGAUUCCCUGUAUGGGUCUCGGCACUUAGCUGCGAAGAUGGCAUCGACCCCGCACCCGCCUGGAGCCACAGCCACCAACCAACUGCAUGGCAUGGAUUUAUUGGUCUUACUGGAUUUAAUUGGAGCUCCAAACCCAACAUUUCCCAACUUUUUUCCAAACACUGCCAGAUGGUUUAGUAGACUUAAAGCAAUCGAACAAGAACUUUAUGAAUUGAAUUUGCUCAAGGAUCACUCUUUGGAGAGGCAGUAUUUCCAGGACUUUGGUUAUGGAGGUGUGAUUCAGGAUGACCAUAUACCAUUUCUAAGAAAAGGCGUUCCAGUUCUGCAUCUGAUACCAUCUCCUUUCCCUGAAGUUUGGCACACGAUGGAUGAUAACGAAGGAAAUUUGGAUGACUCCACCAUUGACAAUCUAAACAAAAUCCUACAAGUUUUUGUGUUGGAAUAUCUGCAUUUGUAAUUUUGAUUUUAGUUUAUUUAGUAAUUAUGGUAAUUGCUUUUAAAUUCACAAGUCAAGGUUUUCAGUACUCUGGUUCCAGACAGAUGCUGUGUGAAAUUUCUAUCCUAUAGAUUCAUUUUGGAGGUGUCUUUGAUUAAUGUAAUCAAUGAAUCAUAGAAUUAUAUUGUGGCCCAAAUUGCAUAUUGAUUUUGAUGUAGAGAUUAAAAGAGAGAACAUGU